GCCGCUCUUAUCUGUGCGUCCGUCGACAUGGCUGCUGCAGCGCUCGUCGGUGCGCUCCUCUGGGCCGUCCUCCCGCGUGUCACGCCAGUAACGAUACAAGUGUCCACCAGCUACGGCACGGUCAACGGAGUGGAAGAACAAACGGUUUCAGUGAACGCCAUCCCUCAGCAAGUGUACGCAUUUCGUGGAAUACGGUAUGCCAGACCUCCACUAGGAUGGCUACGAUUCUCGCCACCGAAAGAACCCGAGCGCUGGGUGACACAGCCCGACGCUCCACGGGAGCCUUGCGUGCAGCUCCGUCCAUCGGACGGCACCGUUCACGGCAAGGAAGACUGCCUAUAUCUUGACGUGUACACGCCGAAGAACUUUAAGGAUUUGCAGGGAAACCUUCCUGUGGUAGUCUUGAUUGCUGGAGCGGACUUCCAAACAGGAAGCAAAGAAGACGUGACAGCAGGUUACGACUAUGGUAUUAACAGUAUACUCGUAGUCGUCAACUACAGACUGGGAGCAAUAGGUUUCCUGAGCACUGAGGACACUCAUGGCCCUGGCAAUUUGGGUCUCUGGGACCAACAGGCAGCGUUGAAGUUUGUCAAGGAGAACAUUGCUUCGUUCGGGGGAGAUCCGAGUAAGAUCACUCUGAUGGGUUUCGGAGCAGGCGCUAUGUCCGUUUCCUUCCACCUCCUCAAUAGAGUCUCAUCAGGGAUGUUCCAGUUUGCAAUCAUGUCCGGGGGAUCCGCCACCAGCCCAGACGCUAUCGUUGAAAAGGCGAAGCAGAAGGCAGAGGAGCUCGGCUCAGUCACAGGUUGCAGCUACAGGGACAGCAAACAGUUACUGGAGUGCCUCAGAGAACUGAAUCCUGCUCAGCUGCUCCGUUCGGCUCAUCGGAACAAGCUCAAGUUCUUGCCUAUCGUGGACGCGAAUGUAAGCCAGGACGCCUUCCUGUUGGACAGCCCUGAAGGCCUGUACGCAUCAUCGUUCACACCCAAACCAACCAUCUACGGCUACACUAAGGAUGCAGGGUCUACGCGUUUCUUUCAAAGAAUGAACUCGGCAGCAGAUGCCAAGUCGGUUGAUGACAUAGUGCAGACGUUCCUAAACGAGUACUUCCUGGACGUAGACUCACGCGUUGGCAUAACGGCAGCGGUCAAGUACCAGUACUUCAGGCCGAGGGCAAGCAGGACUAAUUCCACUAGUAACGCCAUCAAUACCAUCAAGAUGCUCACAGACUUCCUAGUGGCUGCACCGGUACACUUGGCGCUGCGAUCACACCUAGUGAAAGCAACAGCGUCCAAGGCCUACCUCUAUGUCUUCGGCUAUCCAGAUGGAGGAAAGACUUUCGCCAGGGGGGAACAACGAGAACUAUAUGGUGCCACGUACAUGGACGACAUGCUGUACACAGUGAACAGCAGGAUAGGUGGGGUAGCAGACACGACGACGCAAUACGCAGAUCAAGUCCUCCUGUCGACCAUGAGCACAUUCUUUGCAAGCUUCAUUCGGACUGGCAUUCCAGGGGGCAGUCUGAGCAGACCCAUGUCCCUGAACGCACCACAGUAUGCAAACAUCACCAAGACCAAUCCGAACGGCGAGACGAGCCACGAACUCUACAGGUCACAGGAGAUGGCCUUCUGGAACGUAUUCGUCCCCGACCUGCACGUGCAACUGAACCAUACUAGCUGGAGUUCUUACAUGCGAGCACGUGAGGCCGAACACUUUCGCAGUGCUACCUGGGGAACGGUCACGGUCAUCGUGCUCCUGGUACUCAUCCUUGUAGGCCUCGUGGCAGCUUUCUUCGUCUACCGUAGACAAAGGCUUCGAAGCAAGCGAGAUGCCGUCGAGUUUAAACCCCUUCCAAGCAGCACCGGAACUCAACCGCAGUUAUAACCCUUAAGUAAUUAUUUAUUAACAGCGCAGUCUUCUUUCGGUAUGCAAAAAUGAAAAAUAUCCUGAUGUAAGUGUCCGUGGUGCCGCCGGAACACUAUCACUUGAGGUCGUAAUUUUUGCCGUUCCAGUUAUUGGGCCCGAAACACUGAAGAUAUACACCGAUUGUCACCUGAUUUAAAUAAGAGUGAACGUGGUCUGCACUGCCUUGAAGCUAACACACAACUUAUUUACAGUGAUACACAGCACUCUAACUGGACCUCAAUUGAGAGAUCGCCAUUUCGCGAAACGCGCUGUAAACAAACUUUUAGCAUGCUCGAUGAUGUCUCAGACGAGGAGCCGUAUGCUAUCCGCACGCCACCCGCGGGACCUCUAGCCUUAGCACCGCAAGGGGGCGUGCGCACGCGAAAUCGCCAAGAUGCAUUCUCGGCGUUUCUUAAACUCCCGUUGCAUUUCCCGUCACGGAAGUGGAGACCACAAUCCACGAACGGGACGCCGCGACCCACGUCGAGAUCUUUCAGUGCAACAUUCAAAUUUUCCAUUUCAAAUUCCAUUGUCCAAUCAUAAUGUAGAUUUCGCGGGCCGAUGUGUAGCUCUCCUAGCGGAUCGUGCGGACUGGCUCCUCAUAGGGGUUGCCGAUUAUGACAUGGUCGUUACAAUCGAGUAGGUCGUGGUGUUAAGAACGUCUGUAUGUGUAUGGAUUCGAGACCUCUACCACUCAGGAAAGGAGAGAUCAGAAAUCUCCAUUAUCGAGUACCUCCAUAAUGUUGGUAACAAGCCCACGUCAUCAAGCACGGUAGACACACUGUUAGACAAGAGAUCGAUCCAGUUGCAAAUAUAUAUAUAUAUAUAUAUAUAUAUCACAGAACAGGGGUGGUCACGCUUCAUUACAUAAGCUAUAGACAUAAGAAAUUUCACUUUUGUUAAGGACGUGGGGACAUGGAGCUCUCAAAGCAACUAAUUCACACAAAAAUAAUCCCUUAAUUUUCUCUGUCCCCCGUGGACCAUGUCACCCCCGAGGACGUGACAUUUCCACGUGCUGCUCUGUGCUAUUUUGUUGUCCAUGACUAUGACUACAAAUACACAAAUGAUGUGGUGGCUAAACAACUUCGGCGGAAAGCCCCACGGACGAAAUCAUCGUACGUGUUCCCUUGACAAGUUUCAGACUCGAGGGAACGGUGUUGCCUGGAUGGCCCUGUUGAGCACAGCCUGAUAGUCGUUGUAGAGGAGGCUGUACAGGUGAGCGUUCACCUUCUCUUCAACUUUAGACUUGAAUUCCCUCUUGCGUUCGUCAUUGAGGCUCAGGUCCUUUCCGUACUUCGUGCGGAGCUUUAUGCUCUCCAGGUAAAAUGUGCGGAUUGUGGCUGGAGCUCCUGGCAGAGCGGUGGCUUCGAGACGGCCGGUCGUGUCAGUGACGGUGACGUUCACCGGAACCACUUUCUUGCGAGCGAGCAGAGAGUCACCCUUGACCUGCAGAAAAAAUAAAAAUACACACAAUGUUUACACACCGCAGUUACACUUAAACAUCCCUCGCAGAACACUCGCGCGGUGUGUCAAAGCUUUUGAGUUUUGAGGGACCGUGGUAUAUGCAAUAUGUGAUCAAAUCGGGAAGACAUGCGCCAUUGCUAGAAGACAUACAAGCCCUGUCCACAUCACGACAUUAAUUUCUUUUUCCCUUUUUUUUUAUGUGCACAGAAUUAUCAACUCUUGAGAACAUAUGUCAGUUGUUUAAACAGUUAUCCAAAUAAAGAACUUUAUGCCUUCCA